UGGGGCCGCUCGCCCGCUUCCUCUAGACGAUCACUCUGGGAGCUGACGCUGGAGCGACCCACUCUAAUUCUUUUCGGCCUCGGGAGUAACGCAGCUUGGAAGGGGACCGUUUCUGCUGUCGGCCAGGACCCGAGCUCGCAAGGAGACCUGUCGCCUUUGUUUUUAAAGUCUGUAGAAAUGGAGGAGGAGAGUGAAACCAAUUGAAGUUGGCAUUUGAAGGGGCUUCCAGAAAAAAAAGCCUUAAUUCCUGGCACGCGGAAUAUUUCACCAGCCCAGCAUCUUUUGGGAGCCUGGUGUGGAAUUCUUCCCAUUUUGGUGUGUGGUGGCAUUUCCUCCCCACCCCCAAUGUGGACUCCAAAGGAUUUGUCCCUUCGUUGCAGUUUGGAAUGAAAUGAUGGCCACACGUCCGACUGGUCUGCCUGACGGAGAUGGUGACAAGCUCAAGGCCAGCGGGGCCCCCGCCUGUGAGGGAUCAAACCUAGUGCCAUUUGAUGCCAGGCAAGUGGGCUAUCCCCAGCCCUCCAGUUGUUUCCAAUUUGGGGUUAUUGAAAAUGAAGCUGUUAUGAACAUUUUUGCCCAUAUCUUUAUAUGUAUGCAUUUCUGUUAUCUGGUAUCAAAAAAUAAAGAUGGAAAAGAACAGAGUGACACAGUAUCACCGUCCGAAGAUGAAACCUUCUCCUGGCCAGGUCCCAAAACAGUCAUGUUGAAAAGAACAUCUCAAGGCUUUGGUUUUACAUUAAGACAUUUUAUUGUUUAUCCUCCAGAGUCUGCAAUUCAGUUUUCAUAUAAGGAUGAAGAAAAUGGAAACAGAGGAGGGAAACAAAGAAAUCGCUUGGAACCAAUGGAUACCAUAUUUGUUAAACAAGUUAAAGAAGGUGGACCUGCCUUUGAAGCAGGAUUAUGCACAGGUGACCGAAUCAUUAAAGUCAAUGGAGAAAGUGUUAUCGGAAAGACCUAUUCCCAAGUAAUUGCGCUAAUUCAGAACAGUGGUACGACAUUGGAACUUAGUGUGAUGCCAAAAGAUGAAGAUAUUCUCCAAGUGCUACAAUUUACAAAGGAUGUCUCAGCACUGGCAUAUUCUCAAGAUGCCUACCUAAAAGGCAACGAAGCCUACAGUGGCAAUGCCCAGAACAUACCUGAGCCUCCACCGAUUUGCUAUCCCUGGCUGCCACCUACCCCUUCAGCCAUGGCACAACCAGUUGAGGUAUCUCCUCCAGACUCAUCAUUGAAUAAACAACAAACUACUCCCACAGUCCUGACACAGCCUGGCAGGGCCUAUAGAAUGGAAAUACAAGUGCCUCCAUCACCAACAGAUGUUGCAAAAUCAAACACAGCAGUGUGUGUUUGCAAUGAAAGUGUGAGAACUGUCAUUGUGCCUUCUGAGAAGGUUGUAGACUUAUUACCCAAUAGAAACAACCAUGCAGGUCCUUCACAUAGAACUGAAGAAGUGAGGUAUGGCAUAAAUGAGCAAACCUCUUUAAAAACAAUGUCAAGAACAGUAUCACCAUCAUCAAUUCCUGCUGCCCAUCUCAUCCAUCAGACUGCAGGCUCCAGAGCAUUAGAAUCUUCUGGAAUUUUACUUAAGUCUGGAAAUUACAGUGGACAUUCAGAAGGAAUCUCAAGCAGUAGAUCUCAAGCUGUAGAUUCUUCUAUAUCUGUUAAUCACUAUUCCCCAAACUCCCAUCAGCACAUAGACUGGAAAAACUAUAAAACUUACAAAGAGUAUAUUGAUAACAGACGAUUGCACAUAGGUUGUCGGACAAUUCAAGAAAGGUUGGAUAGUUUAAGAGCAGCAUCUCAGAACACGACAGAGUAUAACCAAGUGGUACCCACCCGCACUACUUUGCAGGUACGACGUCGAAGCACCUCUCAUGAUAGAGUACCCCAGUCUGUUCAGAUCCGACAACGCAGUGUGUCCCAAGAAAGACUGGAAGAUUCUGUGCUAAUGAAGUAUUGUCCAAGAAGUGCAUCUCAAGGAGCACUGACAUCCCCAUCUGUUAGUUUUAGUAAUCAUAGAACUCGUUCCUGGGAUUACAUUGAAGGGCAAGGUGAAACCUCAGAAAAUGUAAAUUCUGAAAAUAAAAUACCUGAUUCAAAUGAAGAACGAAAACAAACAUAUAAGUGGAGUGGAUUUACUGAGCAAGAUGAUAGACGAGGUAUUUAUGAAAGAUCCAGGCAGCAAGAAAUUCAUAAAUCUUUUCGAGGUUCAAAUUUGACUGUGGCCCCAAGUGUUGUUAAUUCUGAUAAUAGGCGAAUCAGCAGUAGAGGAGUGGGAUCUGUGUCGCAGUUUAAAAAAAUUCCACCAGAUGUUAAAAUGCUGCCAUCCAACAGAACUUUUCCAACUGCUAGUGGCAUGUCACUGCCUCGGGGCAUCUCACAGGACAGGUCCCCUCUUGUGAAAGCCCGAAGUAAUUCUCUGAAAGCGCCUUCUACACAUGUUGCAAAACCAUCAUUUAGCCAGAAUUCAUUGGUUUCUGUCAAAGACCAAAGACCAGUAAAUCAUUUGCAUCAAAACAGUGUUUUGAACCAGCAGAACUGGUUCAGGACUGAAAGUCCUCUUGAUCACCGAGGGGAGACUGGGAAGUCUCUUCCACCAUCUGGAGCUGCAAAGCCUGGCCCUCAGCUGAGCGAGGGCUUGGGCACUGCAGAUUUGGAAUUAUCUGCCAGUCAAAGGAACCAAGAUGCAAAUUUACAAGAGGCUGAUAUUCAGCAGUCAGAUAUUUUAGAUAAUAGAGAAACUGUCAUCCUAAGAGAGAAGCCUCCUUCAGGCCGCCAAACCCCACAGCCUUUAAGGCACCAAUCAUACAUCUUGGCUGUAAAUGACCAGGAGACUGGGUCUGACACCACCUGCUGGCUGCCCAAUGAUGCCCGCAGAGAGGUCCACAUAAAGAGAAUGGAGGAGAGGAAGGCCUCGAGUACCAGUCCACCUGGUGAUUCCUUGGCUUCCAUCCCAUUUAUAGAUGAACCAACUAGCCCUAGCAUUGACCAUGAUAUUGCACACAUCCCUGCCUCUGCUGUCAUCUCUGCCUCUGCUACACAAGUCCCUUCAUUAGCAACAGUUCUGCCCAGCCUGACCACCUCAGCUCCUGUAAUUCGACGUCAGCUCUCUCAUGACCAAGAAUCUGUGGGACCUCCUAGCCUGGAUGCCCAGCCUAGCUCAAAGACAGAAAGAUCAAAAUCAUAUGAUGAAGGUCUGGAUGAUUAUAGAGAAGAUGCAAAAUUAUCCUUUAAGCAUGUACCUAGCCUGAAGGGAAUCAAGAUCACAGACAGCCAGAAGUCUUCAGAGGACUCCGGGUCCAGAAAAGGUUCUUCCUCUGAGGUUUUCAGUGAUGCUGCCAAGGAAGGGUGGCUCCAGUUCCGACCCCUUGUCGCAGAGAAGGGAAAGCGAGUUGGUGGAAGUAUUCGGCCCUGGAAACAGAUGUAUGUUGUCCUUCGAGGCCACUCACUGUACUUGUACAAGGAUAAAAGAGAGCAGACAACGCCAUCUGAGGAAGAACAGCCCAUCAGUGUUAAUGCCUGCCUUAUAGACAUCUCUUACAGUGAGACCAAGAGGAAAAACGUAUUUCGACUUACCACAUCUGACUGCGAGUGCCUGUUUCAGGCUGAGGACAGAGAUGACAUGUUGGCCUGGAUCAAGACCAUCCAGGAAAGUAGCAACCUAAAUGAAGAGGACACUGGAGUUACUAACAGAGAUCUCAUUAGCCGAAGAAUAAAAGAAUAUAACAAUUUGAUGAGCAGCAAAGCAGAACAAUUGCCAAAAACACCUCGCCAGAGUCUCAGCAUCAGGCAAACUCUGCUUGGUAGUAAAUCAGAGGCAAAGACUCAAAGUCCACACUCCCCAAAGGAAGAGUCAGAAAGGAGGCUUCUCAAUAAAGAUGAUACGAGUCCCCCAAAAGACAAAGGCACAUGGAGAAAAGGCAUUCCAAGUAUCAUGAGAAAGACAUUUGAAAAAAAGCCUGCUGCUACAGGGACGUUCGGUGUCAGACUGGAUGACUGCCCACCAGCUCAUACCAAUCGGUAUAUUCCAUUAAUAGUUGACAUAUGUUGCAAAUUAGUUGAAGAACGAGGUCUUGAAUAUACAGGUAUUUACAGAGUUCCUGGAAAUAAUGCAGCAAUUUCAAGUAUGCAAGAGGAACUCAACAAGGGAAUGGCUGAUAUCGAUAUACAAGAUGAUAAAUGGCGAGAUUUGAAUGUGAUAAGCAGUUUACUAAAAUCCUUCUUCAGAAAGCUCCCUGAGCCUCUCUUCACAAAUGAUAAGUAUGCCGAUUUUAUUGAAGCCAAUCGUAAAGAGGAUCCUCUAGAUCGACUGAAAACAUUAAAGAGACUAAUUCAUGAUUUACCUGAACAUCAUUAUGAAACACUCAAGUUUCUCUCAGCUCAUCUGAAGACAGUGGCAGAAAACUCAGAAAAAAAUAAGAUGGAACCAAGAAACCUGGCCAUUGUUUUUGGCCCAACUCUAGUUCGAACAUCAGAAGACAAUAUGACACACAUGGUCACCCACAUGCCUGAUCAGUACAAGAUAGUAGAAACACUCAUCCAGCAUCAUGACUGGUUUUUCACAGAAGAAGGUGCUGAAGAGCCUCUUACAACAGUACAGGAGGAAAACACAGUAGACUCCCAGCCAGUGCCAAACAUAGAUCACUUACUCACCAACAUUGGAAGGACAGGCGUGUCCCCUGGAGAUGUAUCAGAUUCAGCUACUAGUGACUCGACAAAAUCUAAGGGUUCUUGGGGAUCUGGGAAGGAUCAGUAUAGCAGGGAACUGCUUGUAUCCUCCAUCUUUGCAGCUGCUAGUCGCAAGAGGAAAAAGCCAAAAGAAAAAGCACAACCCAGCAGCUCAGAAGAUGAAUUGGACAGUGUAUUUUUUAAGAAGGAAAAUGUGGAACAGUGUCAUGGUGAUACUAAAGAAGAGUCCAAAAAAGAAAGUGAGACAUCGGGCAGAAAACAGAGGAUCCUCGUUGCCAAAGAAAAUAGUGCUAAGAAAGAUACCAGCACAUCAAGAGAAGAGAAGACACUGCUGCGAAAGGAGAGCACACCCUCUGAGGAGUUGUCACCCCCUCACAGCUCAAAGCUGAACCGGUCACCCACCCUGAGCUGUCGCUUUACCAUUCUGAAAGAGAGUCCCAGAUCCCUUCUGCCAGCAAAGUCCUCCCACCUGGAGGAGACUGGCUCUGACUCCGGCACUUUGCUCAGCACAUCUUCCCAGGCUUCUCUGGCAAGGUUUUCCACUAAGAAAUCAACUAGUCCAGAAAUUAAACAUAGUGAGUUUUUGGUGAAUGUGGGCACCAUCACCUCUGACUAUUCUACAACUUCAUCUGCUACAUUCAUGACGAGCCUGGACUCCAGCCGCAUCAGCCCUGAGGUGCAGUCGGUGGCAGAAAGCAAGGGAGAUGAGGCUGAUGAUGAGCGCAGUGAGCUGAUCAGCGAGGGGCGCCCCGUGGAGACGGACAGCGAGAAUGACUUUCCCGUUUUCCCCGUGGCUUUGACGUCAGAAAGGCUUUUCCGAGGAAAGCUCCCAGAGGUUACCAAGAUGAGCCGGAGAAACUCAGAAGGAAGUGAAGCAAGCUGUACCGAGGGGAGUUUGACUCCCAGUUUAGAAAGCCGGAGGCAGCUCUUUAGUUCACACAAACUUAUUGAAUGUGAUACACUGUCCAGAAAAAAGUCUGCUAGAUUCAAGUCAGACAGUGGAAGUCUAGGAGAUGCCAAGAAUGAAAAAGAAACACCUUCGAUAACUAAAGUGUUUGAUGUCAUGAAGAAAGGAAAAUCAACUGGGAGUCUGCUGCCGCCAACCAGAAAUGAAUCAGAAAAACAGGAACCCACUUGGAAAACAAAAAUAGCAGAUCGGUUAAAACUGAGACCCAGAGCACCUGCUGAUGAUAUGUUUGGAGUAGGAAGUCAAAAAACAAACCCUGAGACUGCUAAAAGAAAAAACAUCAAACGUAGACACACGCUAGGAGGGCAUAGAGAUGCUAUUGAAAUCAGCAUUCUGAAUUUCUGGAGAGCACAUGAGCAGAGUGGGGAGAGAGAAUCUGAACUUUCAGCUGUGAAUCGGUUAAAACCAAAAUGCUCAGCCCAGGACCUCUCAAUCUCAGACUGGCUGGCCCGGGAACGCUUGCGCACCAGUGCAUCUGACCUAAGCCGAGGAGAAACCGGAGAGCCCUUGCCAGAGAACCCUAACACUGCAGAAACCCCUGCAACUGACACACCUCUUUCUCUGCAGUGUGACACUGGCAGUUCUGAUACCUUGGCUGCAGCCAGGCGGCCCCUUCUUUCCACACCACCGCAGUCCCCUGGCCAAGUCAAUGGAGAAAGCUUCCAGAACAGGAACCAGGAUGUCUGUUCUGCAGCAGAUGCCCAUCCUCAUAAACUCUCUGAAGCCCCUGGCAAUAAGGCACAGUUCCACCCCUAUCUUUAACCUGGGGCAUGUCCACUCUAUCAAAUAUGAAACUGCUGUUACGCGUUCCAGUAACUCUGUAAAUAUUUUCUUGUACCAGAAUUGUUAUGCAGCCUUCAUUUGGGCUCGUUUCAUCAUUUUGCACUGUGAAAUAGCUUUACAGUGCAUUACUACAGCCAGAAGAACACAUGUAUGUAUUUCAAAGUAUAUUGGAUAGUUGUACACAAAUGAGCAAGGUCUUUGCUGCAACUUACUGCAUAGUAUAUCCCCCAACUUACUGAAGAGAAGCGCUGGCAUUAGUGUGCAGCAAAUCUGUUCUUUUGGUUUCAUCACUAACAAAAGUGCCUCAUCAUGAAAGUACAUUUGAUUUUUAGGGUGCCAUAUUGUUAAAAUUAGAUAAACUUACAUCAAAUAAACAAAUGCAUUUUAUCGGUAACAAAUUUCAUUACAUUUACCAGUUUUAACACAGGUGGAUACAGAACUUCCAUUCUUUAGUCAUUCCAGGUGGAUUGAGUUUUAUAUCCAAACUUUUAAUACAGUUUUUGAGUUUUGUGUGACUUGAAUUUUUAAUCUCUCUGUAAAAUACAUAACUUAAAUGAACAUAUUAUAUGUGUAUCUUUUCUUCAGAUACCAGAUUUGAUAUAAAUGUUGUAACAUAGGUGUGUAGAUAGUAGGCCUGGAUGGAACUGGCUUCUUUAUAAGAAUAUAAUUCUGCAUGAGAACUUACUGAAUCCAAACCUGUGUCAUGCCUGUGUGCAUACCCAAUUAAACACUGGAAAUAAAAGUUGUUUUGGUGA